AAAAUAAUGAUGAAAAGAGAAGAAAAUAAUAAUUGCUGUUUUUGUUGUUGUUGAUAAAAUUACAAAUGGGAAUUACAGUAUUUGUUUGGCUUGGGUGGGAACCAGAGUAGAACAAAAUUUUCUUUCUGCCAAAAAAGAAACUUUCUUUCGACAAAGAAGGGGCAAAAUCAGUUUAAACGACGCCAUUGACUAAAUUUCAAACUUCUAGAGCCGCUCACCAGACAGGCGGACAGAUAGCCACAGCCAUAGCCACAGCCAUAGCCAUAGCCAUGGCCAUGGCGAGAGGAGUAGAGGAACUAAGCGAGGAAGAAAGAAGAGCUCUGAGAGGGAGCAAAUUUGCCCCUCUCCCUUCUUUGCCCACUUCGUCUCAUUCUCAAUCCAGAUUGGCACAUCCUGGUGGACCCAUGACAACGAACAAGGCAGCCGCUCUAGCCAAGUUUCUUGAAAGGAAACUUCAAGAACCUAAUGGGUUAGCCUCGAUUGACCCCGAUCUUAUUGAAUUGGCCGUUAAAAACGCCAAAGACACCGUCAUAUCAGGUGGGUCUUCAACGUCAGGAAAAACAAUUCGGCAUGUAACCUCCUUUGCUGACUUUGAGGAAUCUUCCGAAGAAGCAAAAGUGCAGAAGUCUGAGCACAAGAAGAAGAAAAGGAAAAAGGAGAAAAAGAAGGGGAAGAAAGCAGAGAAGAAAAACAAAAAACAGAAGUUGGUGGAUGAUGCAAAUGCCACAUUGAAAAAAUCCAAGAAGUUGAAAUUGUAAUUAGUUUUAGUUUUAGGUGUUACCUGAAUUUCUUAGACUUUUAAUAGCUGAUCAACUGAAGAAAUGAGCUGUAGGUCUAAUCAAAUGAAACAGAAUUUUGUCAAUGGAAAAAUAGAAUUGUCAAUCCUCUUGAAGGUUGAAGGGGUCUAAACUUAGCUUAUUCACCAUCCUCUAAAUUUUUUGUCCCUUGAAAAAUUCAUUUUUUUUGCUUUGUAUCUUUAGAUCACUCUGUAUUUCGUACCCUCCUAACAGAUUGAUUGUGGUGAAAGUGGAUUUGAAUGUAGAUCCUAUUGGUUGAAG